AUGUCUUUCGAAACUCUUCGUUCUCUCUGGCCUACUUUGACUCCCAUGUUCUCGCCUGGGGCCACUCUUACGAUUCCAGCCAUGCGUUGCGUGCAACUACUGAAAGAGGCGGCACCAGCAGCUGUUGGUAUUCUCAAGGCUGCCAGGGCACGACCCAACAUUGAGUAUCGAGGCUUCGCCCUCAACCUGGCCUACACGCUUUCUUUGGUUGCCAUUGAGAUUUCCAAGGAGAUGUAUGAUGAGCGGUGGGAUGAGUUGUCGUUGACUCCUCAUGAGGCACCCUACGCCAUCCGUUUCUCUGUCCACGAGCCAGCGCCAAAAUUCAUGCCACGGUCGUCUCAAACGGUUCCAACCCCAUCUGGUUCCUCUUCAAAGGGCAAAAGCAAGACUCAGGCAAGCAUGGUUUCCAUCAAGAAACCGCAAAAGUUCGCUAAAGGCCAGACGGCAGGGCCAACUUCCAUGCCCGAGGACAAGGACGAUGAGAAUGAUGCCGGUAACUCUCUUGACGAGGAGUCGGUAGUCGUUGUGAAACCUUUUCGUCCCCCUGCUUCGCAGGGAAGUCCUUCCAAGCAUAUAAAACCUGGUCCCAAUUGUCACUCUGUUGCUGCUGUUCCUCCAUCCGUCAACUUGCCUGUUGGUGUAGUCGAGGAACAAGUUAUUCAUACUCGUGGAGAGAAGAGGAAGCGUGAGGCUGCAAUUGCCACCGCGGAGUCUCAUGUUGAGACUUCAAAUGUUCGUGACGAGAGCCCAGAGCUCCCGAAGAAGAUGAUGAAACAGCACAUGGCACAGCUUGGUCGACAAGCUGCCGCCCAGGUGCCUUCACGAAAUAUUGCCUUCGACCCGAUCACCAUGCGGCCAGUAGAUGCCGAUGAAGUUCGUUGGCUGGCUACCGCGACCAUGGAUCCCAAGGUUCCCUGCUCACUUUGUGCUGUGGGCAGCCAGUCUAAACCCUGUGAAUUCAUGGGCUGGGGUGUUCCUUGUGGGAACUGUCAAAGGGGAAAGAAGGUGUACUUGGUCAAGGCCUUUGAUAGUGCCUGCGAGACCGCUGGCCGUCUGUCCGAGCUUCUUUGCAACACUUGCAAGGACAUUGACGCCGUUAUCCGGGACACUGUUGAGUAUGAAGGUCAUGUCGUAGCCGAGGAGUCCCUUGUUACUGACGUAUCAGCUGUCAACGGACUCCUCGACGGGUUUUCUGCUCAAGAAGUGGAAGUCUCGACGACUCCAGAGAAUGAGGACCAAACUGGUCCUUCUUUGUUUUCGUUGAGUUACGAUGCAUCUUUCCCAAAGCGAGAUGAAGCUCUUCGUCGUGAAGAGGGGGGUGGUGGCGAAAUGGACGCCGACGGAGACUUGGACGCAGAGGUCUGA